UCACACACACACACACACACACACAAAGAAAGGAAAAAAUAUGGGGAGACCUCACUCUCUCUCUCUCUCUCUCUCUCUCAAUCAAUAGGCCAAAUGAUGCAUUCUCUCUUUCCAUUAAGCCGGGGAUUUAUCCUGUUUUUUAUCUAAUUUUUUUGGUCUAAUCAUCCUGCUUUGGAUGUGAUUUUGUGGUUGAAUUGGUGGUGAUUAAAGUUCUGAUCUUUGAGGGUUAUGAGUAUUGAUGGAGUUAAUUUUGAAGUUUUCGCAUCUGGGUAAGUCUGAAUCCAGUCACAGAGUGUUCAAAUCUGCAUAUACAUAGCAUAUUCAAGUUGCAUAUAUAGUUCAUAUAUUGCGGCUGUAGAUUUGGUUGGCGAGAUGGACGAAGGCAAUGAGGGCAAAAGAAGUCUCAGCGGGAUGGAAAAACUUUCCCUGGAAACAAACAGGCGCCACCCCAGAGAUUUGCUUCAGAUGUUCACAGCCAUCAAUCCUGUCCAAUUGGCCGGGACAAGUUUGGCCAGCGAAGAGGACGAAUCGGAGGAAAUUGAAUUGAGCCUCGGCUUGUCACUGGGCGGAAGAUUUGGAGUGGACAAGAACAGGAAGUUGAUGAGGUCUUCCUCCAUUGCCGGAAUUAUUCCGACAGUCAAAGAGGACGACGCGGUGGCGCCGCUUCCGGUCUCGAAUCCGGCGCUCACGCGGACUUCCUCGCUGCCGGUGGAGUCGGCGGAAGCGUGGCGGAAGAGGAAGGAGUUGCAGAUGCUGCGGCGGAUGGCGGCGAAGCGGCGGCGGUCGGAGAAGCAGAGGAAUAUGAAGGGUGAGAAGGAGGGUGAAGCUGAGGCCAAUUUGAGGGGCAAGAUUGAGAGAGAGCAGCAUAUGGCGGCGGCAAAUAGGGCGCUGCCGCCGUGUGGGUUGCCCAAUUGGGCUGCUGCGGCUAGACAAGCUCUUUUUUCCGGUGGGAAGGUUAUGGGCGGCGGCGGACCAUUAGGGUCCGUGGAGUCUCAAGGUGGAAGCUCCUCGGGGAUGUCAGAAUCAGAGAGUAGGCAAUUUCAAGGAUCCAGUAGCUGUGGCGAAGCAAGUCCGUCGAGUAUUCAUUCACUGCAAGAGCGCAGCAGCCAGGAGGCAGCAGGUUCUUCCCGGGCAAAGGGAAAGGAGAAUCCGGGCAAGUCCAGUGCCGAGACAGAAUCUUCAUCAAAGAGAACCGAGACUGUGGAAAGACGAGGGAGGGAAACUGGGUUGAGCUCGAUGGAAGACAUGCCUUGUGUUUUCACACAAGGAGAUGGCCCCAACGGGAGAAGAAUAGAGGGGAUUCUGUACAAGUACGGGAAGGGAGAGGAAGUUAGGAUAAUGUGCAUAUGCCACGGCAGUUUUCACUCGCCGGCAGAGUUCGUCAGACAUGCUGGCGGCACCGACAUCGCUCAGCCGCUCAAGCAUAUAGUCGUCAACCCUUCGGCGACCCCCUUUUUGUAAUGCUGAUUGCAAGAAUGUUGUUUUGGGGGGGGGGGGGAAGAAGGAGACAAGCAUCCACAAGGAUGGAUUGGUAGCUAUUUUUUCAUUAAUCUUUCAUCCAUUUUGAAAGUAACUUCUGUUUAUGGAGUAAACUAAUCGUGUUUGGAAGUGAGAAUGACCCAAGCAGAGCAGAUUUCAUUGUA